AUGCAAUAUUCAGUAGUACUUGCACUAGUCCUGUGGUACUUGAAAAGGACCGCUGCUGUAGCAGUGAUGUGUAAUCCAUUGAAAGAGGAAUACUGUGAUCCAAAUCCCGCGUUAGGCACUACACUAUGGGAGACAUUUAAAACUGAGUCGCCCUAUUUCGUUAAUUACACGAAUACAGGGCUCGUUGAAUAUAAUACGGAUGGUGUAGCUUUUACAAUGGCAAAGAGAUUUGACAAUCCUGCCAUUAUGUCUGAUUUCUACAUCAUGUAUGGGAAGGUAGAGGUGCAAAUGAAGGCAGCAGAAGGAAGAGGAAUAGUAUCAUCCUUCUACCUUCAGAGUGAUACACAGGACGAGAUCGACAUUGAAUGGUUGGGUGGGGAGAGAGGGCAAUUCCAAUCAAACUUCUUUUACAAGGGAGAUACUACAACAUACGUAAGGGGCCAAUUUCACAAUGUGGCCCUGCCCCAGCAUAUGUUCCAUACGUAUACCAUUGAUUGGCGAAUGGAAUCGACAACUUGGUACCUAGAUGGCAAACCGGUGAGAACAUUGCUAAAUAAUACUGAGCAUGGGUACCCGCAAACGCCCAUGAGAGUCUUUAUGGGUAUCUGGGCAGGUGGAGACCCUUCUAAUGAGCCUGGAACAAUUCAGUGGGCAGGAGGUGAAACCAAUUACGCAGAGCUGCCUUUCACUGCGUAUAUAAAAAAGGUGAUUGUUAGUGACUAUUCUACCGGGAAUACCUACAGUUAUAGCGACAAAAGCGGCAGUUGGACAUCCAUUGAAUCCGAUGGCGGCGAACUUAAUGACAGGCUCGAAUCAGCAAUUGCCGAGUUCCAGGAGAGUCAAUUGCUACAUCCUGAAGACUCAAUGAUAUAUUCUGCUCCAGCUAAAAAGAAGAAGAAGGGCAAAAAGAAGGGUAAAAAGAAUGGUAAAAAGAAGGGCAAAAAGAAGGUUAAGAAGGCUAGGAAGAAUAUGAGAAACCCAAGUUUAGGUCCAAUUGACUCACCUUCUAAUAGUACUUAUCCGCCUAAUAAAGCAGUUAAGCCCAAGUUACCAACCACUACUAAUACUAAUCCAAGAAAGAGCCUUAUUAUCGAUCCACAGAAAUCUUUCGACGGACCCGCGGUAUCACUUUUUGAAGCCCAAAUUCAACAUACAGUCCUUAAAGCUGAUAAUAAACAAGCGGCAAAGAGCAGAAACGACGGUAGCAGAAAGGAAUUGGCAUGGACAGCAAUGUUGUUCUUAGGCUUAUUAGCCAUGGUAUAA